AUGCCUCCCAAUGUUCAAUGCCUGCAAAGGCUAAGCUCCUUUAGCUUAUGUCUGCGCCCAGCAGCGACCAAGUCGAUAACCCCAAGCUUUCUCCCUGUCAUCCAGACAGCCAGCAUCUCCUACAAGGAGGCCAAGAAGCGACAGCGUGCCGACCCCUACCGAUGGCAGCAGUCACAGCAGCGAAAAGCGGCCAACAUCAAGAGGCAACAGGAGAUCAAGGCUGCGAGGGACGUGACAUGGGGUGACCCUGUCCAUGGCAUCCCGACGCCCUUUGUCGAGUCUUUCGACUCCGCUGGUCAGGCCGAGAAGUCCACACCACCCAAGGAUGAGGAUGGCAACUACAUUUCCGAGCCAUACGCUCUGCCGACGUCACGUCACAUCCAGAACCACCUGGUUACCCGCGACGAAAUUGAAACCGCCGUUGGGCACGCUUACACCUUGUCCAAGCCCAUGCGCAGCGAGAUUCGCGACCUCGUCGAUCCCGCCACAGAACAGGAGGCAGAGCGGCAGCACGAACUCAGCCACAAGCGUGCUGUCGAGGCGAUGAGCCGCAUCACCUCCAUGAACAACUCUAACUCCAAGAUGCGGAGGCACGUCAACAUUCGAAGGUGCAUUGAGACAUUCGGCCGCCACAACACGGAUGAAGUGCUCAAGCCAAAGCCCGCCUCCAUCCACGCUACGCAGGAGGCCGCACCCAUCCGCGCCGGCCCUGACACGGGCAGCUCGGAAGUGCAAAUUGCCAUCCUGACCGUCAAGAUAAGGAAGCUUUCGCAGGAGCUCAACCAGAACAGGGGCUACAAGGACAUCCACAACAAGAGGAACCUGCGGCUACUGUGCCACAGGCGGCAGAGGCUCCUGAGGUACAUGGAGAAGAAGGAGAGGGGCAGCGAGAGGUGGACCAACCUCCUGGCGACGUUGGGACUCUCUCCGGCUACGUGGAAGGAGCAGAUCAGCCUGUAA